UUAGGAAGUGUCUUCAGUCUGAGAGAGAGACCUCCAUGUGAUAAAGGGAUGUAGGUUUAACAGUUUAACUGAAUGGAUUAUAAGAUUAGGAAAUAUGUAGUUUGAUAAAUUGGAUUAUCUGAUACCUAAACAAUGGUAAUAUAACAAAUUAUUUCACUGUUAGAUUUGUGACAUUAUAUCAUUAUGAUCAGUGGAGGAAGAUUAUGGCCAAUGGUCAUUGCAUUCUCAUUUAUAAUCAGUGAGAUAAUAGCCAAGCAAAGACCUGUGCCCUUUUUUCAAGGACAUUGUAAAGAACACUCUGUAUGCAGACAUAUCUGUGUUGAAAGCUCACCAGGAGGAUACCACUGUGAAUGCAAGCAUGGCUACUCACUACACCAUGAUGGCUUUGAUUGUGUUGUUGCUGGAGAGGAAGAGAGUAGCGACCACAUGGUUGACCCCCAACAAAGUCUUGCCCAAGAACUUCAUCCUAAAGCUAUCCCCUACUCACCCCCAUAUAACAUUAUACAGAACGAUGGUGCAGGCCACCAGAACUACCAGAGUGAUGGUGCUUCCCAAACAGAUAACACAAGCAAUGAAAUAGACCAGACCUCUCGUAAAGACCCUAAGGUUAAUAAAGCAAAAAGGAAACGAAAAAAACAGAAACACCAACGAGAUAAGAAUCCAACAAAUAUACAGGAUGAUGAAGAAGAAGGGAAUGUUAUCAAUGAGUUGGGACUUACUAUUCCUCCAGUUAGGUUCCACUCCUGUAGGGACCUUAUCUGCCAUAAUGGGGGCCAGUGUGUAAGGGAUGAAAUGAGGGAUGGAUAUAGGUGUCAGUGUCUGCUAAACUACCAUGGCCAGUUCUGUGAACAAGAGUCUAUGGUGAGAUACCCACGUCUGAUUGGCUCCGGCUAUGUGGCAUUUCCUGUUCUGCGCAACGCCUACAAGGAAUUUUCUGCUACAAUUGAGUUCAGACCAGAACUUAACAAUGGAUUGUUGCUCUUCAGCUCCGAACAUGUAGAUGCUAAGGCUGACUUCUUUUCUGUGGCUCUUAUAGAUGGUUAUGCAGAAUUUAGGUUUGAUUGCGGGACAGGGCCUGCAGUGAUCAAAAGCAGCAACAAGAUCAUCCUGGGCCAGUGGAACAGAGUGACUGUACACAGGGAUGAAUGGAAUGGAUGGAUGAGGCUCAAUGGAGCAGAACAAGUUAAAGGAAGAUCAAAGGGUAUUUAUUCCCGCAUCACCCUGAGACAAGAUCUGUACCUGGGGGGCUAUACAAACAGCUCAGCUAUAGGCCCUAGGGUGGGGAUGAGAUGGGGCUUUGUUGGCUGCAUACGCAAGCUGCAGAUCAACCAUAGGGUGUAUGAUAUGCGUAAAGGGGCAUAUGUUGGUGAUGCUAUACAUGGUAUUGAUGUCAGUGAAUGCAGUGCCCACAUCUGUGACAAUGUACUGUGUGCAAAUGGAGGGACCUGCCAGGCUAGGGCAGCUGAUGACUACAUAUGCCUGUGUCAACUAGGCACCAUAGGGAGACACUGUGAAGAGAAAAUCGAGAUCCAUGUCCCGAAGUUCCAUGGUAACUCAUAUCUACAAUACAAUGGCUUAAGGCGCACAGCCCUGACUUACACCGAUAUUGAUAUUGUCUUUAAACCAGAGAAGAGGGAUGGACUUAUACUUUACAAUGGCUAUACACUUGACAGAACUGGUGAUUUCAUAUCACUGGCCUUGCAAGAUGGAUUUGUUGAAUUUCGAUUUGAUUUAGGCACAGGCCCAGCAAUUAUAAGGAGCAAAGAAGUCAUUGAUCUUGGCAAGUGGCAUGAAGUGAAGAUCUCUCGUACUGGACGUGAAGGCUACAUGCAGGUUGAUAAACAGGAUAGGGUGGAGGGGAUGUCUAUGGGGGCUUACGUUCAGCUCACUCUCCUACAAGACUUGUUUCUAGGGGGACAUAGGAACUUUGACGAAACCAAUAAAUACACAGCUGCUACAGAUGGAUUCACUGGAUGUAUACAGAAAGUAACAAUAAAUGACAAACCUCUAAAGUUGUUUGAUGAGCUAUUCUAUGGUAUAAAUGUAGAGAACUGUGACCAUCCAUGUGUUACACAGCCAUGUAUCAAUGGUGGCCACUGUGUGCCUUUCAAGGACUUCUACAAGUGUAGCUGCCCAUUGGGCUUUGAGAGUGAGCAGUGUGAAUUCAGAGUUAGUGAACCCAUAUUAGUGCCAAUGUUCCAAGGGGAGAGUUAUUUGCUUUAUUCUGAUAAAGAACUCAAUGAAAGGGUGGCAGGAAACAAGAUAGACAUCCAAAUUAAGAUGAAGACAUCAACUCCUGAUGGUUUGAUAUUCUGGAGCUCCCAUGGGGACCUGUCAUCAUCAGCAGAUUAUAUAGCAUUAGGGCUAUCUGGGGGACAUAUUAGGUUUAGCUAUAACCUUGGUAGUGGUGAAGUAAUCAUACAGGACAACCACACACGUAUUGAUGAUGGCAAAUGGCACAAGAUAAAGGCUCAGAGAGUAAACCAGAUAGGGUAUGUAGAGAUAGAUGGCAAAGAUGUAGUGGAGGGCACAUCACCGGGGAGAUUAAAGCAGUUACAGACAGAUGGUGCUCUUUAUAUAGGUGGCAUUCCAGACAUGGUGCAUAGGACACACCGCAAGUAUACAAAAGGCUUUAUAGGUUGUAUACAUCAACUGACCCUGGCUACAGACUAUCAUGUACAGCUCACAGGGGAGGCAUCCGAUGGACAGAAUAUUCAGCCUUGUUCUUAACAUUCACCACCUAAGAGGUCAACCUUAUUCUUAAUAACUCUAUUGACAAAAGGAUGCAAUUGAUGGAUAAAAUAUCCAGCCAUGAAUAUUCUGAAUAACCAGCCAUCCUCUAAACAGCCUCAAGGGGAGAUGGCUAAUGGAUAGAACUCCAAGCUUCUUUGUCAGAUCAUGGGAUAUUCACUCAUGAUAUCAUCAGUCAUGUGAUCAUUGUGUUCAAACAUGAACUUACUAAGCUUCAACUUACAAACUAAGUAUUAUUUGCCAGUUGGCACUCAGAAAUUAUUUUACAUUCUGGAAGUGUUCUUUUUAUUUCAAAACUAAAUUUCCAACCAAUGAAUAUGGAGCAACUUAUACCGUGAGAAUCAAGAUGCAUGUAAGAGCAUUAAUGCAUAAAUAUUGAGCAUAAUCCAAAACUGUUAUUUUAAAUGCAAAGCAAUUUUAAAAUACCAAUAACCUCAUUUCAAAGGGCAAUAUAUAUUGUAUAUUGGACCAAGGGCCGAAGGGGAACAUUACCGGGCUGAAAUAUUCAUUUUGGCCCACCACUAUGAUGUCACAUAUUGCUCAGGUC